UUUCCUUACCUAUUUUAUUUUUAUCUUAAAAUAAAAAGCCAAAAAAAAGGGGCGUCGUGUUCCCAAAGUUUGUGUUGAAAUCCAAAUCCCUCUUUCAAAGCUUCCACUCCGAUCGGUGCCGUUCAUCUCUCUCUCUCUCUCGCCGCCUCCGAUUUCCGUGUGUUGUCGUCGUGCGUCUGAAUCUGGUUUAAGGAUUGCCGGUUGGGAGAGGAGAGAAGAUGAAGCAAGUAGUAGGAAUGGUGGUUUCGAACAAGAUGCAGAAGUCAGUGGUGGUGGCAGUGGAUAGGCUAUUCCAUCACAAAGUGUACAACCGAUACGUCAAGCGCACCUCUAAAUUUAUGGCUCACGAUGAGAACAAUCUCUGCAACAUUGGUGACCGGGUUCGACUGAAUCCUUCUAGGCCUCUGAGCAAGAAUAAGUGUUGGGUGGUUGCUGAAAUUCUCAAGAAAGCACGUAUAUAUGUUCCUCCAACCUCCACACCGGUGUCUGAGAAAGUAAGCUGGCACUGAAGCACCUGCUUCCUGAAUUGGCUCAGGUAUUAAAAUGUUUCUUGGCUGUCAGAUCAUCACAAGUUGUAGCUGUUGUAAUGGCAGUGAAAUUGGAAAUAAAGUUCAGUUGAGUGAGAUUUAGUUUACAACCUUAUGAUCUCUGUUUUAGUUGGAUGGCCACUGUAGUUUACUAUAUUUUAUUAUAUGUACUGUACAUUUCUGGUAAUAUCCCAGUUUAGGUUUGCAUGCUUUUUGCAUUUUGAGUUUGCCCAUCCUGUUUUGCUGGUAAAAUAGCUGAAUAGAAUAGACACUUGAACACUAAUGACUAAACACCUAUUGCUGUUAUUGUCUUAGAAGAAA